AUUUACGCGCUCAGUUGCCAUUACCGAAAGAUCGUACUGCCAAUCCAUUCGACAAAAUCCUCAUUCAUAUUAUUAUUUUACCAAUCCGCUGUAAUUAUUCUUUAUCCGGCCGAGAUGGAUAUCCACAAGCUUAUCACCGUCGACCAGCCACACAACACGUUUCCGCAGGCGCUGUACAAGAUCCUCAACGCGGGCCACACGUGGAUUGAGUGGAACACGGACGGCAGUAAGAUCCGCUACAACGAUCCCGGCCGGCUCAUCCGCGAGCUGCAGACCCUGGGAUUCAAGGCACAAGACUCGGCAUCGCUGAGCAAGAACUUUAACGACUACAGCUUUAAUCGCCUGAGCGAUGCUCGCAAGUCUCGUUAUGACCCUUAUAAGAGCACAUGGACUGUAUUCUGCCACGCGGACUUCCUGCGCCACAGCCCCGACAGGGCCAAUGCAAUCCAGCGUCGCCGCGCUCGCCGCACUCGCCCGUACUCAAAGAAGUCGUCACCUUGCUCUGAUGACAGCAUCUGGGACUAACAAAAAUGAUGCAUGGAUACUGUCAUCCCUUUGAAAAAGCAAAUGCAGAAACGUGUAAAUUAAAACGUGUUCAAUGAAUACCCUAACGACCUUUUAAUGAUAAUAAAAAUAUAUUUAAGCUAAAUAAACAGAAAUGCAAAAAUAGCGAAG